CUACUCGCCAGCAUGGCCGAGCCCCUCGACCAGGCGCUGGACCUGCUGCGCCGUCUGCCGCCCGCCGCCGUCGCCGCCAACCUCGAGACGAUCGUCGCCCACUGUCCCGCGCUGGCCGACGAUCUCUACUCGGCCGUGGACCAGCCGCUUGCGGUGCGCAUCGACCACUCGCCCGAGGGCGCCGGGCGCGAAUACCUGGCCUGCGACUACAACCGCGACGCCGACAGCUGGCGCUCGCCGUGGAGCAGCACCUACGAUCCCCCGCUGCCGCCCGACGAGGGCGACGAGGCCGCGGCAGAGGGCACGCAGCCCAGUCCCGAGCUCCGGCGCCUCGAGAUUCUCGCAAACGAGGCCUUUGGCACGUAUCGCCAGCUCUACUUCGAGACGGGCCUCUCCUCCGUCUAUCUCUGGGACCUCGACCUGGCCGGCGCCUUUGCCGGCGUCGUGCUGCUCAAGAGCGACCUGGCCGCCGGCGACGUGGCCGGCGCAUGGGACAGCAUUCACAUCUUCGAGACGAGCGGCAGCAGCAAGAAGCCGUCGUACAAGCUCACGAGCACCGUGAUGCUGCGGCUCGGCCAGACGGAGAAGCGGGGCGAGGCAGAGGGCGUGCAGUUGGCCGGCAGCUUGACGCGGCAGGCAGAGGAGACGGCGCCUUGUCCAGAGCCCGGAGCGCACAUCGCCAAUCUCGGGCGCAUGAUCGAGGACAUGGAGAGCAAGAUGCGUGGGCAACUGCAGAACGUCUACUUUGGCAAGACGACGGACAUUCUCAACUCGGUGCGCAGCGUCGAGUCGCUCGAGAAGAAGCGCAAGGAGCGCGAGCUGCAGAGCGAGCUGAUGGGCCUCUGGAAGCGGUGAAGUUGCCGCCGCUGCACGCCAUGCUGCACCACGUCGGUUAGGCCGGCAGGCGGGCGGGGAAAGAGAAGUGG